AUGCGCGCGAUCGCUCACAUCGUCCACUCAUCCUUCCGCCGCGUCGAACGAGCUGCCGACUGGCUCACAGGAUGCGCGGGACCCCUCUUUGUCGCCAUCUGCAUCACCCUCGUCGCAGGCGGUAUAUGGACCUUUUUCACAACCAUGUUCCUCGAGCUCGCUCCCGUCCCCUCAGAGCUGGCAAGGCUCUUUCACACCUACUCUCCGGCACACAUUGCUCUCGGCUUGGUCCCAACAUUGUUCGACUCGACCUUUGCGGAUCCAAUAGCCACACUCCGCUUCUUCUUGUGGUUGGCGCUGUGCUUUUUCAUCGUCUACAGCAUCGGCUGGCACUACUACAUGGCAUGUACCGUCCCGCCAGGGUCGAUUUGUGACGGCCUCGGUGACGCUGUUCCCGAACGAAGGAGUGGUCCCGGCAGCCACAUUUGGUGGACGAGGUACAGAACCCGAGCAGCAGCAGCAUCCGGCCCUAAGGUCUCGGGCCUCAGAAGUGCGACAGGACACACUAUGGCGCACGAACAGCCCGAAGCAGCGGCGCCAGUCCGAGUGUCGUCCAUGGCCGAUCUCCGCAAACUCAACAAGGCACUUGAUGGGCUCGACAGCAACAGGACCCGAUCGGCCUCCGUCACGGCUGGACUCAGAUCGUCGCCGAAUGCCAAUGCCUCCUUCUCCUCCUCUCAUCGCUCGUCGACCAGCAGUGAAACCGGAACCCCGCGCAAUCAAUCCAGGAGCGACCUGCCACUUUCCAUCCACGAUCUCAACCCGGGCCUCGUCUCCUCACCUGCUCCAUUUGCUGACAACGAACCCUCGAGCAACCCUCUGUUUGUUCGUGCUGCUCGUCAGAGCCAAGACAGCACAACAACCGAGCUCGAGACAUACGACAACGACGACAUCAAUGACGAUGAUGACGAAGACCUCUUUCCUCUGGCUGGCAUGUGUCACAAGUGCCCCAAGAUCCCCCUCGUCAAAGCACUUAGCGUGCUUCCGCCCGAGCUGCGCAAGAUUGAAAAACAGAUCCGCACCAACAAACCCUCGCAGACGUUCGAGACCAAGCUGUCACCGGAGGACAUGGAUGAAGGCGAAGCGGAGGUGCGAUGCUGGCUCGGUGACUCCGCCUCGGAAACCCUCGUAGCACCUCCCAAACCCGAACGCUCGCACCACUGCCGAGCGUGCAAGACGUGCACGCUCAAGUUCGACCACCACUGCCCUUGGCUCAACCAAUGUGUCGGCCUGGGAAACGAGCGCUACUUUGUGCUCUUCAUGGCCUGGCUCAGCUUUGGUUGCGGCGUGGUGCUGUAUUCGGGUGUGGGCGUGAUGAGGAGGUCGCUGAGCUGGAAUGCCAGCUGGCCGUAUACGUAUACACCCAGAGUGCUGGUCAUGUUGUUGUUCAUCCUAGCGUUGGUGAUGGGCCUGGCGUUGGCAGUCAUGGCAGGAUGGCAGAUGAUCUUGGUCGCGCGGGGAGAGACGAGUGUUGAGUCGCAGGAUAACGGCCACUACCGCGAGCUGGCGAAGAAGCGCGGGCAGGAUUUCGUCAACGUGUACGAUGUCGGGCGGCGACGCAACAUCCAGCUGUUUUUCAACGUCGGUCCGGGCUCGCCGUAUGGGUGGUACACUAUUCUGCUGCCGAUGCGAGUGCCACCCUACUCGGACGGCUGGCAUUUCGCCAAGAGGAGGGGAUUGGGAGGCAAGCAUGCGGGCAUCGAGCUUCAGGAACAGCUUACAGAUGAAGAAUUUGACGACGAACACUACCAGUCGUCCGGUGGUGCCGCAAAAGCGUCUUCUUAG